UUGAUUAUAACGCCGAACGGAGAGGACGUUGCUUGUCCCUCUCUCUCCACUCUUACCACGUGAUAAAAAAAUUAAAAUCACCAUAAACAGGAAAACUGACGCAUUCUGCUGCCCCUUCUACCAUAUUACUCAGUAGCUGACUGCAUGCAGACACACGAGGAAGGUUACAAGGAAGAGUCUGUCAGUGAGGCUGUCAGUAGUGCCAGUGGGACUUAUCAGUGGGACCUUGGCUUUAAACCUCCGCCUCCUCAGCUCUCUUCUUACACUUCAGAGCAGAAUUCUCCAUGUUUGGAUGGAUUUUUUGGUGCUGAAGGGCAUUAGUACCGUCAUGUGGUGCCAUGGGAAACUUUUUGAGAUGUUCCUGCUGAUGCUCCUUUGUUCUACCUGUCAGGUUGCUACAGAGGUGGCCCAGGACAACAUUGCCCUGCCGCAGGAGGAGUCGAAGCAGUUUAUCCUACCUGCCCCAGGCAUCAGGCACAGACCAGCUGGGCUACUGCAGCAACAGCAGCAACUCGAUGUAGUGGGCUACCCCGACGCACUGCCUACGGCUUCAAACUACGGAGACGUCAUACAACAGCUGCACUCACCCUCAGGUGUGGUGGGGAACCUACUUCCACUCGAGCCAAAUAUGGCCAUGGCUCAGAUAGUGACCCUUGAUGUGGCCUGUCACACUGACCAGAUGAUCGUGAGAAUAGUGUUUGACGGCUCCUUUGAUGGCCUCAUGUACGCUAAGGGGUUCUACAGCGUGCCUAAGUGCACGUACGUCACGCCAGGCACAGGGGGACGGGAGUUCGAAUUCGUUGUGACGGUGGGUACUUGUGGUACUCAGUACGUGGAAGCCCCAGGCGGACCACCCUACCUGGAGAACAUUAUUGUUAUCCAGAAUGAACCUGGCAUCCAGGAGGUGUGGGACACGGCUCGGGGCGUGAGAUGUGUGUUCGACGGAGCUCUGGGACGAGGGGACCAGAGCCAGACCGUGAAAGCAGCGCUCAAUGUUGACAUGCUGGAACAACAUGUUGUUACUUUCCCUGCCGACAACAAGCUAGCCUCCGCCUCGCUUGACAUACAGAUCGGGCGAGGGCCCUUCGCCCCCUCCGCCUCAGGUAUGGUGAAGAUAGGAGAGCUGAUGACGAUGGUGGUGGGUGUGGAAGGCUUAGCCAGUGCCGAUCUUCUGGUGCGGAAUUGUGUAGCCCACGACGGCUCGCACCAGGACCCCUACCAGCUCACAGACGAGAAAGGGUGUGUGUUGGGGAGCAGGAAGAAAGUGCUGGGGUCAUGGCAGAAGACCAGAGAAACAGGCAACCCCAAGAUUCCUGUCCUAGCCUUCUCCCACUUCCAGGCCUUCAAGUUCCCAGACAAGAACGAUGUUUACAUCGAGUGCCAAGUAGAUUUGUGUUCUGAAAUAUGCCCAGUGUGUCCGGAGGAUGGGGUGGUUCGCAAAAAGCGCUCCUUACCAAUUCCUAGCCGCGAGGGAAGUAGCAGCAGAUGGGAAGAUGAGGAGGAACAUGGAGAGGUAGAAGGAAGGGAGGGAGAUAGCAUCGUACCUGGCAACAGCAUCAACAGAAGCGGGAGGAAGAACGAGAGUGAUGGUGAGGUGGUGCGCCUAGCCAGGAAGCUGCGAGUCAUCUCCCCCGAGGACUACUCUCUCCUCCGGGACUCUCCCAUAACCCUUGUGGCCAAAGACACCGGAGCGAACCCUGGAGACAUGUGCAUGAGUAUAUCAUCGUUUGUGGCAGGUUUGGUGGCCAUGUUCGUGGUCCUAGUGGCCUCUUCAGUCUUCACCGCCCUUCUCUGCGCCCGUGUCAGAUCCAUGCCUUCAGCGUCCUCCACAUACCCCCCAGACACCUCCUUUCAUGCCUUCAGCACCGUUUCUGGCAAGACUCGCUGAAAAUCUUCGGGUGGGGGAGAGUGCUACAGGUGGAGGACCUAUGACAUAUCUUUACUCAUGAAUAAGAUCCAAAAUAACGCCUGAUAUGAUAGAAAGAAAAAAAUGGAUAAUGAAAAUAAUGGUGCAUAUAUCUAGAAGGACUUACGAAGUGACGAGUCGCUCAGUAGACAAUUUUCUCCUUCAUUUUCUUCCUACGUUAGAAGGAAAAAACAAUAGUAGACAAUGGACUAAGACUUAAACUGUGAUAGUUACAGACAGAAGGAUUAUUUUGUCUGGUCAUAUCUAUAAAUAAAAAAAUGUAAGCAUAUAUUUAUUCUCCGGCGACAAUUUAAAGAUUUGAAAAAAAAAUCUGCUAUGUAAUUCUGUAAUUACCCCCCCCCCAAAUAUAUAUAAUCUUUAUCAUAAAGCAUUACUCGGAGCUCUGUCAGAUUUUGAACUGGUGUCUGAGGACGUUAAAUGGAGGACUGUAAUGUUUUGUCUUCACUACUAUUGUCUAUGAAUUAGUUAACUGCAGAUUUCCAGGUUUUGGUUUCAUGAUAGAGAUUUUUAGAAGGUGCUGCCGAAGUCCCAGGUAUCUUUAUACGUUAUUGGUCUUGCACAUUUGUUUAUGAAGAAACUAAUAUGCUCGACUUACGUGUUCCUAGAUGGAUCUUCCUGUUCAUUAUCAGAAGUUUAAAAACCAAGUGCUUCAUGGCUAUAUAUUUAUAUUUAUCAAACUUUUGGUCCUUUGCCAAAAUAUAAGUAACAUUCAGAAUAUAAAUUUUGAUCGCCAGAACUCAUGAUGACUAGUUAUCUUUUCUUAUUUUUUUUUGCACAUAAGAUUUUUAUGGUGACCCGUAUAUGGUUCAUUCAACCAUAUUCUUCCUGUUGCCAGUUGUUGCCAUACUGUGAGACUGUGGCUAUGGUUGCGAGUAAAAACACGCAAAGCAAAUACUACUCCACUUUGUCAAAUUUACCCUGAUACGGUAUAUAUUUUACACAAAAGCGUGUUUAUAUUAAGUAGGUUGGUAUGAUAUUCCUCUGAAAUUGUCAACACCGAAUAACUGCAAUAUCAGUCAAUCAGCAGCGAUGAAAAUGUCAUCAGCCAAUGAAAGCUGAGUAUAAAUAUAGUGUUGGCCAAUGAACACCGAGACUCGGUCUAUUAGCCAACUACCAGAGUGCUGACAUCAUUCAUGUACACUUGUACAGAGUGCCACAUCUUUCUAAAAGAUAAAAGAAAAAUGGUUAUAGUCAUACCCGUAGUUUUUAAAAGGGGUGGAAGGGUAAGCCAGCGGAAGGCCUCGGUCAGAUGACCAAAAGCUCCAGCUGCGGGUCAGGAAACGCUUGUCCUGUUUCCUGACAAAUCUUGCCUAACCUAACCUUUCAAAAAAAGACCCAGAGUGUGAAUAAUCCUAAUACUAGGUUACGUUAGGAAUUAUAUGAAAUGUAUUAAGUAGCCGCAUAGUUAUUUACACUCGUGUAUAAAAUAUGAUUCAGUCUCCGAGUUUGUGUAUUAUUAUGUUUGUUAAGUUGGCAGUAUGACCAACAUAAAUAUUGUGAUAUUACUUAUUACUGACUUUUUUUUUUUAAGUUAGGACCAUGAUUUAUAUGUGCACAGAACAUGUGAGUGUGUGUGUGUGUGUGUGCGCAAGAUUUACGGUCACAUGUGUAAAAGUUUAGUGAUUAGAAUUUGAAAAUGAAGACUAGUCUUUCCCAAGCUUAUUAUUUGAUUAGAAGUUGAAAAACGAUGGAGUUUUUUUUCCCCUAAGCUUAUCCUAUAUCUAAAUAUUGUCUUAUUUCUCAAUAAUGUCAGUUAGGUAUAACUGUGCGUACACACACACAUUACAACUAAAUAUACCUUUUGUUACAGUUAUAAUGCCAUAUUCUGCAAAGAAAAAAAUAUACUUGUUACUUAUUUUUAUAGAGUAUGAAUUACUUCCUGCGGGCAGGUCAG